GCGUAACUUUCGUUUGGAAUGUGUCGUAGCUUGUCAGUUGCGCACUGUACUGCCGUGUGUAGACACAUUAGCUCCAGCUCUUGACUGACUGAGUAUACCAACUGUGCCACAAGAUGAAUCUAGCCAAAAAACUCAUUGGAGGCAUUAUUGAUGUGGUCAGCAACAUCGACCCUGCUCAGUUUGUGCCAUCAGAUCCUCCCCCACCGCGCAGACCGCUGGCUUAUGCUGAGGCCAAUGAGAGUGCGGAAGAGCAACAGUUCCGCAAAGUAUUCCAGCAGCUGGCUGGCGAUGACAUGGAAGUAAGUCCCAACGAACUGAUGAAUAUCCUCAACCGAAUCAUCACCAAACAUGGAAAUCUGAAAACAGAUGGCUUUAGCAUUGAGUCGUGCAGAAGUAUGGUGGCUGUCAUGGAUAGUGACAGCACAGGUAAACUGGGCUUUCAUGAGUUUAAACACCUCUGGAACAACAUCAAGAAAUGGCAAGGAGUGUAUAAGACUUAUGACAGGGAUGGUUCAGGGACUAUUGGAGCAGAUGAGCUUCCAGCUGCCUUCAAAGCUGCAGGUUUCCCUCUGAAUGAUCAGCUCUUUCAGAUGCUUAUUCGCAGAUACAGCGAUGAGAAUGGAAACAUGGACUUUGACAAUUACAUUGGUUGCCUUGUGAGACUUGAUGCCAUGUGCCGUUCCUUCAAGACUCUUGACAAGGACAACGAUGGCACAAUCAAGGUCAACAUUCAAGAGUGGCUGCAGCUGACCAUGUACUCCUGAGCAGUGUGAAGGCCCACAGUGCUGUCGAAGACUAUCAUCCCAGUGCUUUUAUGCUGUUACUUCAUGCAUUCAUAGCUUCAUAUCUUGCUUCACAUUAUUGCCCUGUUGCUAAGGAAAGACUGGCAUGAAUUUGGUCUACCACUGGGAUUAUGGGGUUACAUCACUUAACUUUUCAGCAUUUUUUUUUACUUUUAUUAGAACUGUACAGUAGAAAACUAACCAAAGAAAAUAAAUUACUAAAAUGUGACAUAGAAAAGUAACUGAUUUUCUAGUAUAUUUUAAGUCACAAAUAUGCAAAACUGUGUUAUGUAUGUGUGCAAAACAUGCUUUUCUCAGUUGGUGCCAUAUCUGCAUGAAGCAAAUGAGGGAUGUAAAAUAUGCAAAAUCAUUGCCAUGAAAAGCAAGCUCAGUAUGAAAACCUGGUGUCAAAUUUAAUUUUAUAUUGAAUUAAAAUAAUUGUAUGAGAAAGGACAACUUGUAUAUUUUUUCUUCUUUGCUUUUACAUCUGAAAAGAUGUUUGUUUUUAUUAAAAUAAUAUACUUUG